AUGAGAGCUCCCACCUACCCGGGACACCUGGCUUCCUCCAAGGCCAGCGUCCCCUUCACCCUGCUGAGACACUCCACGAUUCCCCUUCUCACCUUCUCCUCCAGCCCGGGCUCCAGCAGCGGCUCGGGCUCCUCCCGGGAGGACUCCGCGCCUGUGGCCACGGCGGCCGCUGCCAGGCAGGUGCAGCAGCAGCAGCAGCAGCAGCAGCAGCAGCAGCGGCGUCACCAGCAGGGGAAAGUGACGGUGAAAUACGAUCGCAAGGAGCUUCGGAAGCGGCUCGUGCUGGAGGAGUGGAUCGUGGAGCAGCUGAGUCAGCUGUACGGCUGCGAGGAAUUCUCGGGGGCCCUGCCGCCUGGGGACCGAGCGCCGGGAUCGCGUUCUUUCUCCCUGGCGUGCCCUCAGCGCCGGGGCGCAGCGACCCUGGCGCUUCUCCGCUCACCCCGGCUGCGUCUAAGCAGCGGUCGGGGAAAGGGCAGUCGGCGCAGCAUUCGCUGCUGGGAUCCGGGCAGUGCCGAUUCUCGUGGAGAGCGAGCAGGGAAGGGACUCGAAGCUGCCUAA